AUGACCGGGGUGACCAGCACUUCCAACAGAUACCGAAGAGGAGUGAUGAAAGGAGGCCAAGGAGGCAGAGCGGAGUGGCCGAUUGAUAACUCGAUCGGCGCUAAGAUACGGAGCUUCGGCCGCGAAAAUCCACGACACCUUCGAUCUUCCGUCUUCCACGCCGGUAACAGCAUGGAGUGUGCCAGGCAACAAGCUUCCUAUGCAACAUGGCGUCUCCAGGUGUUCCGCCAACUGCUCACAGCUUCGUCCCCCUCCUCCUCUCUACUGUCCCCUCGCCGGGGCAUUUCGAGCUCGCGUGCGCAACACCGCCAAUCUUGUGAUGAAAGUCACACAAGAAUACACAACAUCCCCAAUGGAGAAGAUACAGACACAUCCUCUCUGCCUCCCUCAAAACAACUUCCUCAGUCUCCCCUGAUCACUCAUCCUCGAUCUGUCUCCAAGCAACGAAAAAAGCGACCAGCGCCAGAAGACAUCUCCGACUUAUCCAAGAACCCAUGGGCUGUCGCAUUGGCAUCCCCGGUGCGCCUAUGCUCGAUCACGGCCGCACGCCUCCCACGCGACCUUCUCGGAGAAUGGGGCCUUGUACGGAAGCCCAACACAGAGACCAACUACAUCCUACCCGUAGGCUUGCUGAAGGACUCGCUCCAAUCGCCGCACUCCGCGCACAAUUCUGUUCCGACAUCGACUAUCACGGGUCAGGCUCAGUUUCAGGCUUCGAAUGCAGCGGAUGCAGCGGAUGAAGCUGGAGAUACCCCCGAAAGCGAGGUCUCAUCCAUGGCAAGAUCAAGUCCCAGCAAGAAACCCCAACGGACGCUAUUAUUCCGAAUAGUAGCUUAUCUUCCACUGCUGAGGGCCCUCACGGGACCGCUUACAAAAAGCAAGAAGACCAGGCGACCGGCCAUUACGAAAAUCCUCCCAUUUCGCUGGAAGCACCCGCUGGGUCCUGUCACGUCACGCGUGGAGCGGCAGUUGGUGUGGAGAAGCGAUAUGCCACAGUUUAUGCUACAAUGCAUGCGCGGCGACGUCGUUCGACAGCUCGAAAAAGUCAGUAAAAUGCACAGGCGUUUGGAUGCUCCAAAUGGUGUUUGGCGUAUGCUUGAUGUGGAGGACUCUUCAGAUAUUGCACUAGAGGAGGCGCUGGGGCGGCUGGAACCCGUCAAACGGAUGGCAGCGGGUGCAAUUCUGCUGCUGGGUGCACCUGAGUCUGGCACUUUGGCUAUCAGACCUGAUAAUAAUACAAUCUCGGGGUCAAGGGCAGUUUUUAAUACAUCGACACGGAGCAGAAUUCCCGUGUUUGAUCUGUCUGUGCUCCUAGGCAUGUCUGACUUGGCGAGGCUUCGUGAGGCUGCAACGCCGCAAUUCCAGAAUGCAGCGCUCCUUUUCAGACCAGAUGACUCUCAAGGGGUUGAAGCUAUGUUGUCUUUGUGGAGGCUUCAGCAAUUUCUGAGAGGGGAGUUCCUUGAACCAAUACAUGUAAUUUAUAAACACUCUUCUUGA